UUGAGACACAGGAGGGGAGAUACACGCUGCAGCAAUCAAGAACUACACCUUACUCCAAUCCGCCACCAUUCCCACCCACCGAACCAUCAACCCCAUGGACGUGCCCCCAGAAACCGUCGACAAAGUGCGGCGGUUCGCGGAGAAGCGCCAACGCGCCGAGGGAUUCUACGAGACGCAGACAAUCAGCCCGGCAACGCUACAAGCCUACAACCGCAAACUCGACGACACAUUACGCGACCUACAGAACCAAGUCAAGCGCCAAGAAGAUGAUCUGCGCACGGUAUGUAUCAGUCCCAGUCUCCAAACACCCCAUCCCGCGCCAACAGACAAACCAAGGACCCAAAUCCUAACACUCCAAGCCCAGCUACGCGAGGUCAACACCUUCGACCUCUCCAAAAUAGGCAGCAACACCUGGUCACGGGUGGCUCAGGUCCGCCGAGCCAAGAAAGCCUAUGAAUCGCUCCUGAAAUCAGAGACGCAGUUCCCAGCCCCGGGAUCGCCUCUACCCUCUCUAGUCGCAAUCGAGGAGACGAUGCGUCUAGUGCAAGAGAGCAAAGUAUCCAUCGCAAUGACAGCCGAGAAGCUAUCAUCUAACCGCCAGCGCCUGAAAGCCGAGGAGGCGAAUCUGCGCGACGCGCACUCCAUCCGCGAUGGCCUGCGACGACGGAUCCAGACCCUGGGUAGCGAGAAAGCAAGCAAGGAGAAGAAGACCGCUGCGCAGCUCGCGCGCGAGCUUGUGGACCAGCAGACGACGAAACAGGAGGACCUGGAUUCCUCGACGGAGGAGAUGAAGACCGCCCUGUACAAGUUUGUCGACGACUCCCUCGCGUCGAUGCUGGCCGCGGAGGCCCUCGGCGGUCCUACCGUGGGAGACGCGCCCUGGGUUUCGGAUGCCACGCUGCAACUGGGCUACACGAAUCACGGGAAACCGAAAAAGCCGAGGGCGGCGCAGCCGGCGGCGGAUCCUGAUACCAGUCAACGGCGGAUCGAUGAGCUUCUUCCUCCUCGCCAAUCGCAAUCGGGGCAAGGGAACAACGACCAGGCCUCUAAUCGGAGGGAAGCGGCCGGCCUGGAGAUGCGUAACCUUCUCGAUAAGCUGCUAGAGGCAAGCUCCUCUUCCUCCUACAUUGAUCUUCCCCGAGAAUCUGCCGCGUCCCGGUUUUUAGUUAGAGCCAAAGUGGCGCAGUUCCAUCCCCGCGACGCGAGAAAGCUGCGGUUGAUCGAUUUCGGGCGCUCGUUAGACGAUUGAAUAUUCUCCUCUUUGCUCGCUUGAUAUAUGCACAUCACGUCACAUCUAAGGUAUAAAUGAAGGAAAGGAAAUGACAGGAAGGGAAGAAAUGCAGGCUGUAUAUAUUCGCUCGGGAAAAAAAGCCAAGGCGCCUAGUACAUUAAUCAUGCCAAUGCUUGGUGAACCCCCUCCCCGGACAGCGUAACGCCUGUACAUGCAUGGAAGGCAACAAGAGAAAACCCGUAACUGUCACCCCGAAAUAUACCAUCAAGUUCGUCAUGAGAUCCGAGAAACGCUGCACUUGCAAAAGCCCCAUCAGAUGGGCAUCAUCCC